UUUGCACUUCUUGGGACCCUGGUCCAGCCAUACAUAGGGGCAGGGGCACGGAGGGAUUUGUAAACUUGUGAUCAAGUUCACCAGAAUUGAGCCCUGGGUUUCCUCUUCUUUGUUUGGUAUUUAUAGGUCUGUCUUUCCUCCCAGGAUCACAACAAAAACCCGUCAUGCCUCUGGGAACACCUGCCCCCCUAAACAAGCGGAAAAAGCCCUCCAAGAUCAUAACUGACCUAUCACAUUUCACUCAGGAUGAGUAUGAAUCAGAGCCAGAGGCAUCUGAGUUCGACCUGGGAACAAAGAUCAGGACUCCCAAAGAAAUAAUGUUGGAGGAGCUUUCCCUGAUGAAGAACCGAGGCUCCAAGAUGUUCAAGAUGAGACAGCAGAGAGUGGAGAGGUUCAUCUAUGAGAAUGACCCUGAUGUCUUCAGCAGUGAGUCAAUGGACAACCUCCAGCAGUUUGUUCCAUCUCUGGGAGGUCAGAUUGGAAGUCAGAUGAUAAACGUUGGAGGGCAUUUUGUUAGCAAGCAGCCUGGAAAGCUGCAUUUUGUGGGGUUACACACUGGAGGAGGAGCCCCUGUGCCUCCUCUAAAGCCUGGAAGCAAAGGUGCGGGAGGAGCAGGAGGAGCGGGAGGUGCAAAAGGUGCAGGAGGUGCAAGAGGUGCAGGAGGACUGGAUGGUGGCGACCAUGGGAAAGGUGGAAAAGGAGAGGGUGCUAGUGAGUGGUCCCCACUAAAAGGAGGUGGAAGCAAUGAUGCAUCUGAGAAGCAUAUUCAUUUGAAAACGUAUGUGUCGCCUUGGGAGAAGGCCAUGAAGGGUGAUGAGAGUCUGAUAGCCACUCUGAAAAUGGCAAUGCCUCCUCCAGUUGAGCAAAAGGAGCUGCGAAAGUACAAAUCCUUUAACAGGUCUGCCAUGCCCUACGGCGGCUUCGAUAGGGCCAACCAGUUCCUGAAAUUCCAGCUACCAGACUCUGAGGCAACCAAACAGGAGCCUGAACUCUCAGUGGUGUACCAACAUGAGAUCGACUGUCGGCCUUCCUUCAACCGCACUCCUAUUGGCUGGGUGGGAUGCAGUGAGCCCAGCAGCUUUCAUUUGGAGAAUGAUGCAGUGCCCUUCGAUGUAGAGACCGAUGAGCUGUGAAAAAAUAAUCAUACAGUGAUUGCCUUUACUGUGCACAUACACACAUGCAAGCAUGAAUGCAUGCAUACAUGC